GUCACACACACACAAUUGCUGGUUUGUUCCAGUUGAAAUUGAUCUCAUUUUUUGUUUCAGACUCUUUCUUGCUCAAAAACACUGCUCAACUCCAACAUCGUACUUCAGAUCUAUCACACCCAUCUUUUGAUUUCACAGUUCAAUGUGAUGUAGAUCCUGCAAGCCUCGAAAUGAGUAGAGGAUUUGCAUCAAAGAAAUCUUCCUCUUUGCCCCCACCACCGACACCAAUCACAGUUGCAUCAUCAUGCGCAAAGAAGAAUCAAAGUCCUAGAAGCCCUUUGCAGGAUAUCAACCGCAUUUCCAGUAGCAGCAACAGUAGUUAUGCUUCCUCUAGUGUGUCCACUGAAGCCUCAAAGGGCUGCCUGAAGUUCUUGUCUUCCUCUUCUUUUAAAACCCCUGUCUAUAGACCCAAGAAUCUUACCAAAACUCCCAACUCAGUCCCUCAUGCACUAGCAUUGAAACAAUCUAAAUCUAAGUCCUCCAAGGAGAACCUUCCAAAGGGUAAUGUUGGGCUGCAAACGAAAAAACUCGGGUCGGAUAAGGGCCGGGCGCAUAGGAAGAAUCCCCCAUGCCUCUACCAGUGGCAGUCUGGGAAGAAAUCUGGUUCCAGGACUGGCCAAAAGUCUAAGCCUUGUUCUUCUUUGAAUGAACAUGGCAAGUUUUUAUCUAGAUUGCCAUCUGCAUCAGAGGAGUUAAAGCAAAAGAAGGAUACCCAGGGAGGGAUAAAUGAUAAUGCUGGGGAGCAUGCCCUCGUGACGUCGUGUCAAACUGAUGCAAGUUUGACUCCUUUGAGUAGUAAAAAGGUUACUGGGUCAGAUUUGGAAGAUAUUAGAUUUUAUGAGGAUGUGGAGAACCCAAGCACAAGCACCGGUAGAACACCUCCAAUUCACAACUCUGUUUCCCCAGAGAUACAAUGUGGUGGGUCUUCUUUGGUUCCCAAAACACCAACACCUGCUUGUUAUGGUGCCGGCUAUGUUGUUUCUGGUGUUGCUGACAAGAGGAAAUGUAGGCCUAGAGGGAUUCUCACUGUAGAAGAGAACUAUUCAGGCUUUGAUAAAGUAACUGCUAAUAGUUUUGAUGAUGAUGAGAAAAAAAUAGUGGAUAUUAAUAACAACGCUAGUACUUCCUUGUUACCUUUGCCAACUGAAGCCGUAGUGCAAUGGCUUUCUUCUCCACGUAGCAAGGGAAAGAAAAUUCCAAGUCAGAAGUAUGAAAAUGGGUUAAAUCAAACUCACGGAUUGGCGGAAUCCACAACUUUCGUUUCCAGUAUUUCACCAUCAUCCAGUUCUAAAGCAUUUUGGAAUGUAAGUGAUAGCAGUGAUUUGUCUGGUGGUGCUAAUGAUAUCAGGAGAUCUUCAAAUUCUCCAAGCAAACUUGCUGAAUUUCAAGCACCUUCUGAUUCCAUAUUAUUGCCUUAUCCAUCCUUAUUGUUUUCUCCCAAUUCCAUGUCUAUUUGUAGGACAGGUAGCUCACGAAAAGGAAACAAUGAUCAGUACAAUCUCAUUGAUGAGAAUUCUCCCUUCUCCCUGAAUUCAUUUAGUAGUGGAAAUGUUAUUCAAACUCCAAAGUCAGAUUCCAGUUCGGAUUUACAUGUUGGAUUGUCAUUGGUGCAUGCAGACAAUCGAAAGGAAGAUAAUUCUAACCCUGACCUUACCUCAUCCAGCAAAGUUCUAUACGAGAACUUCCUUCUCAAUAAUUCUAUGCCACUGGAGGAUUCUGUUAAUUCAAGUUUCCAGUUUGAUUGUUUAACUGUGCCUUUUGAAUCCAUUGAUCUCAGCAAACUUCCAAGACUUUUGGAUGAUCAGGAUCCUUGGUUAUCUAGUUCUACAACGGAGAAUGCCUCGCAAUCCCAAAUGAGGAUAUCAUGGAGGGAAGGGUUAAUGAGCCAACUUUAUGAACUGGAUGAGUUUGAUUGCUGUAGGUGUUUGUCAGAUGAAGAAGACAUCACCAAUGACCGUGGUAUCAAUAGUUUGUCAGGUCCUCAAGUCAAUGUUGAAAUAGAUGGUGGUAAAAAAUUGAACAAUGAUGCUGGAAUCACUGAAAGUGAGGAUAAUGAACUGGAAAUUGAUGGCUUUGGCAAAGAAAAUUUUCCAGCUUUAAUGUCAUGUUCAGGUGCUGAGUUCAUAAGCACUGAUGGAGGUGGUCUAGUUGCUUCAAGGGAUGAUUCAGACUGGACUUUAUGCUGCGUGAACAAGUUAUUUGAAGUGUGAAUCUACCCUUCAUUGUUUAAUCCAUUUAUUGAAUAAAACUUACUUGUCAUGUAACACCCGGGUGAAGGAAGAAUUUCUACUUGGAGGAAGCAAAAUUUUUUCUACUUUCAAUUUAGGAAUAGUUAACUGCUCAAGUGGUUAAUCAGAUCAAUUAUGAUUACUUUUACCACUUUUUGAACAUCAUUAACUGGUUGAGUAAUUAAUACUUCCUAAACUAGAAAUAUUUUUACCUACACUUUUUUCUUCAUUUUGUAAUGUACCCUUCUCUUUUUCCUCUCUAGUUUUUCUAUCCUUGUAUUUAGUGAAAUUUGUCUUUCACUCUCUAAUUGGUCUACCUGUUCUACGUGGAAGCCAUUUAUAAAAUAUUAUGUAUCAAUCUUUAU